UCAGCGGCAGUCAGGUGGUCGACGGCGUGACGAUCGGACGUUGGGAAAGAUUUGGCUUACACAGAAAUGCGUCUUCACUCACUGUUAAUACUGUCAUGACACAUACACCCGCGAGACCAUUAGGUAUUCAAUAAUCGGUCAUUAGCAAUCUCCAAUCGGCACUUUAUAACGAACAAUUGUACCAACGAUACCUCUUAAGAACCGUCUCUAUAUUCUGGUUUAUACAUGGCGUAUAUAUAUAUAUAUAUAUUUUCACGGCUUUGAUUCGCGCGCAAAAUUACCGGCAUUAACUCGAGAGAAAAGGUUAGAUUCGUGGAGCAAAGAGAAAAGUGUUCAGUGAAGAAACUCGAGAAAGUUGGACACAGAACGAGAAACAUUCGAUAGAUAACACAGCAGAAAAAGAGAUACACGUGAGAAUUUUACCGUAUUUAUAUCUAUUUUUGCGAUACACUAUUUCAAGUAAUUCGACGAUCGUGUUUCCGUGUGAAUAUCACUACCUUGGGUCGCGAAUACCGGAAAUAUCGAAAGGAUCGAUCAACUCGCAGCACGGACAUUGACGUUUAAGAAGUAUUCGAUUGUGUUUACCUUUUUACUUUCAAGAAUCGAAGGACUAUCCGCAGUGAGGUUAUAAUUUUUAGUUGAGAUCGGUGCCUUGCAAAAUGGCAGGGCAAAAUGCAGUCAUCGUCAGGAAUGCGAAGAAAACAUAUGGUGGUCAAGUAUACAUCUUAAAUGGCGUGAAUGUUACUGUUCCCAAAGGCUGUAUAUAUAGCUUACUGGGAGCUAGUGGAUGCGGAAAAACCACUUUACUCUCUUGCGUGGUUGGCGUCCGAAAAUUGGAUUAUGGGGAUAUUUGGGUACUUGGUGGCCAGCCGGGGACUAAAGAUUCUGGAAUACCAGGGCCUCGUAUCGGUUACAUGCCGCAAGAUGUCUCGCUGGUCGGCGAAUUUUCUGUGAUUAACGCGCUUUUCUUUUUUGGAACAAUCAGUGGCAUGGAAAAAUUUGAAAUUGAAGAAAGAUACAUAGAAUUAAAGGAUUUACUCCAACUGCCACCCAGGGAUCGUUUGGUGAAGAACAUGAGCGGUGGCCAGCAAAGAAGAGUAUCCUUCGCAGCAGCUCUGCUUCAGAGGCCUGAACUGCUGAUCCUCGAUGAACCCACUGUCGGUUUAGAUCCAGUUUUAAGGGACAAUAUUUGGAACCACUUGGUGCAGAUCACAAAACAAGAAGGUGUCACGGUGAUUAUCACUACGCAUUAUAUCGAAGAAGCAAAACAAUCUGAUAAGAUUGGAUUGCUCAGAAAUGGCCAGCUGUUGGCUGAAUCAUCACCGAAUGAAUUAUUGGAGCGAUUUCAAACCGACUCCCUGGAGGAGGCCUUCUUAACCUUGAGUCAACAACAAGCUGAGAAUUCACGAGGAAAUAAUAUGAUUCCUGAUCGUUCAGGGGGGAUUAAUCCGAAUUAUAAUUUGUACGAUAUCGGCAACGGGAAUACGAAGCAGAGGAUGUUUCAAAGUAACUGGAAGACGAGAAUUAUGGCUUUGCUUUAUAAGAAUGCGCUUCAGUUUUUGCGUCAUCCUGGGGGGUUCUUAUUUUCAAUCGUUUUACCAGUGUUGCAAAUAAUGCUGUUCUUUCACUCGGUUGGUCCAGACCCAAAAAAUCUCAAGAUAUACGUAGUGAACGAAGAGACUGGUGCCUGUAAUAAUCAGAAAUAUUUAGGCAAUAUUACAUACUACAACGAAGACCAAACGUGCAAGUUCACCGAUCUCAGUUGUAGGUUCAUAGCCAGCGUAGACGAUGAUAUUCUAAAGGUGAAAUUGUGUGAUAAUUACGAAAAAGCGAUGGAGAAAUUGAAGCAUAAUCGCGACGUCGUUGGAAUAAUGUAUUUUCAGAGAAAUUUUUCCCUUGCAAUGGAACAGAAGUUAGAAAAUAUGUUCACUGUGUCUGACGAUGUUAUUUCGGCUUCUAUAAUCGACGUCGAGCUACAUACUUCAAAUAGAGAAAUUAUGUUAUUCGUAAAACAAUACCUACACAAAAUGUUCAUCGAAGAGUUUGAGAAAAUUGUUGAGGAAUGUGGAAUUAAUAAAAAGUACGCAGAUGUUCCAAUAAAGUUUGAAGAUCCCAUUUUUGGUAAGAUGGAAAUAGACUACGGAGAAUAUGUCAUACCAGUAUUUUUGCUAACAAUGUUAUUCAUUCUGGCAACAUCUAUUUCUUCGAGUGCAAUCAUAACCGAUCGUCAUUCUGGCAUAUGGGAUAGGAUCUUAGUUCAAGGUGUUACCACCGCAGAGAUUUUGAUUACUCACUUGAUAACGCAAGCUAUAAUAAUUGUAUUUCAAGUAGCAUGUGCGUUAUAUAUUAGUUUCGAGCACUAUGAUAUGUAUUGCGAAGGAUCAAAGAUCGGUGUCAUCGUGAUGAGUAUGCUAGAAGGAAUUUGUGGAAUGAUAUACGGUCUCUUGAUAUCAGUGUCAUGUACUUCUCAUAGUUUGGCCAAUUAUGCGUCAACGGGAACUUUUUAUCCAUUGCUUCUUCUUUGUGGAUUGCUCUGGCCAAUCGAGGGUAUGCCGAAAUUUCUUCAAUGGUUUAGUUUAACGAUGCCUAUAACAGUACCAGGAAAUUCACUAAGGGAGAUUAUGCAAAAAGGGACUGACCUCGACGAGCCGGAGGUAUACUCAGGAUUUUUAGUGAUCGCUAUGUGGAUUUUUGCCCUCACAUCCAUUUGUCUGCUUCGAUUAAGAUAUAAAUCUUGAUUUCGACAUAAAGGUUAAAAUUAAUGUGAAAAAAGACAUUAAAUUGGAAAAUAAACCACCUCGUAUCGUUUAAAUAGUGAAAAAGGCAUCUUUCUUGACAAGCUUUACAGGGUUAGUUCGUUCUAAAUUGAUCUAGUAUAGAGUUAGUUCGUAGCUGCGUACAUAUGUAUACUAGCGGGAUAUUGCGUUUUUAUAUAUAUUGUAAAAUUGUAACUACUGAGAAAGUGGAGGACCACGUUAAGGAGUCUCACCUGCGACAUUAAUGUAUAUUUUGUUCAUAUCGUAAGUGUAGACGUGCGCAAAAAAAGUUUCUUUAAGAAUUCUUAGAUUAUUAUAUUUUAUAUAAAAGAUGCGUUAGUUAUUGAUUGCUUAGUAAGUAAGCGGAAAAUUGUUAGGAAUAGGAUAUGCCUUUACCUCGUACUUUUACUCUUCCUUUAAACUUCUUGUGUCUACAGCUCUGGGAUUGUAUCGUAAUCGUCCAUAUCAAUGCUUGAUCUAUAAAAAUGUAAUCAUGAAACAGAACACGUUCCAUCAAUAUUAUAGUCAUGUAAUAUUGGAUAUCAGAGCAUUCAGGGAGAUAAUGAGAGAAAAUAAACAUAACGAAGAUGAAAUGAUUAAUCGUUUCGGCACCAAUGAAAUGUAA